AUGGACGCCAUCGAGCCCAUGCCUGGUGGUGGCGGCAGACUAAAUCCGGAGCUCGGUGGCUUGGCCGCUGCAGACGAUGCACCCGUCACGGGCGGUGGCGACAGGGAGAAGCCGGACGAGGUCGCCGCCGCGGGUGAGCUCCAUGCGUUGCCACUGUUCAUACUGCCGCUGCCACUGCCGGCGCCCCAGUUGAUACCGCUCGUCGUAGCAGGAGGUGACGUCGUGGUGGGCAGCGACGGCGUCAUGGCCGACCAUGCGGAUGCACUGCUGACGGCCGUGCUGCCCGCCGAGGUCGUGGUUGGGUUCAUGGGCCGGGCCGGCAGCGCUGUCGAGAACUGUGUCGACGAGGGCGUCAUGGCAGCAAAGCUAUUGAGGUCCGGCGUCACGGUGCGGAACGCCGGCUGCUGUUGUGGUUUUGGGGCUGGUGGUGCUUGUGCUGUUGUCGGCGUCGGCGUGGGUGUGGACCACGAAAACGCGGGUGCUGCGGAGGCAGCGGCCGACGCAGUGGCCCGUGGUGUCGUGCUUCGGUUACCGCCGAGGUUCGGCGACAGUCGUCUGGCGCUCGCUGCUGGUGUCGCGUCCCAGCCGCCGUCCAUCAAAGCAUCGCCACCCAGGCCGCCGCCACCUGUCUUGCCCUUGACCAGCCGCUCAAAGUCGUCUUCCACAUCGCCGCCGCCGCCGCCGCCGCCGCCGCUGCCACCCCCGACAUCAAAGGCGGAACCGCCGAUCCCGGCACCAAACGACGAAAAUUCGUCCAUGAGGGCAGCGUUUCCAUUCAAAGAGGAGUGGGCGGCAGCCGCGUCGGCGCCUGACAGUUCCUGCAGCUUGCGCACCUGCUCGUCCUCGACGCGUGACGACAGCGUCUUGAUCAGCUUCAUAAACGCCUGGAACUGCUUCAGGUUCAAGAGCGGGCCCAGGCUCAUGGUCCACAGCACAGGCAAGAGCUCAAACGCGACAAAGUCGGCGUCGACGAUGCCCCCAACGACACGCAAGACGUUCAGCGCCUCCAUCAUCACAGCGGGCUCUUUGGUCUUGAUGCCCUUGAUCAGUGGCACAAUCUUUUCCUGCAUGGUGUACUUGUCGAGCGCCGUCGACGUGGACGUGCCGCGCUUGGACUCGCUGCUGCUCAGUCCGUCGAGGCCGUCGCCUCCGCCCAGCUCUGUGCUGUCGGGCGAGCCGCCACACAGAAUGACAAAUGCCUGCAGACCGCGGAUUUUAAUAGCCAGGCUGCUCGUUUUGCUAAAGAUGGCAGCCACGACGGGGAACAGCUCGUGCUUGAUCGUGCUAAAGUCAAGCACGGGGAGCAUGGCCGGCACACUGCGCAGCGCCGCGUCAACAACCGCCGGCGUGGGCGAGUCGAGUGCCGUCGCGACGAUGGGCAAGACGUCGUCUUUGAAUUCCUUGCCGGUCGUGUUGUCUGUGAUGAUCACCAGCCGGUCCAGCACGACCAUGAGGCUUGCAUCGCGCGACGGGUCGCGCUCUUGCGGCGUGUUCUUGUGGUUGGCGGUCGCCGCCGCUGCUCCAGGCACCAAAAAGUGCUCCUUGAGACACGGCAGCACGCGGUCGGAAAAGACGCGCUUGGCCGACGGCAGCAGCUCCACAAUCCUAAACACAUUCUGCAAAAUCUGCGGCGCCAGCUCGCGGUCCUUCAUCUCGUCGAGCAGAGCAGGCAGCACCUUCUUUUCCAUGACCGACUUGGGGAACGACGGCAGCACCUUGUUGAGCCCGCGCAUAAACGACGACUUUUCACCGUGCGUCUUGGCCGGAAAGGCGUCCAGGAACCGAAUGGUCGACACCAGGAUGUUGUCAAAGUACUCGCUCGUCUGGAACUCCUUUGCCGUGAGACGCUGCGCGGGUCGCCGUGCAAUCAGGCGCGGCAGCACGUGCACAGCCAGCUCGCGUGGCAGCGGUCGUGACGACAGGUAG